AUGGAAUCCACGUUCGGUAAAGUCUUCAUGUUUCUUACGGACCUCGCUUGGAAAAGUCGUCUCACCAUCCCCGUCAUUGUCACAACUGCAUUUCUCGUUAUGGACAUCCGCCUGCAGAUCGAGAUCAACAUUCAGUCCGGACAAUUUAACGCCAGCGAUGUGGACGAUGUUCAGGAUGGCCUCGACGAUCAGUUUAGAAUGCACGAUCACUGGUCGGACGACGAGAGCGGCAGUGACAUCUAUACAGAUGAGGAGUACACAAACGACGAUGGCAACAGCGAAGCGUCCCACUACAGCGUGGACAUCUACGAUCCCUGGGGGUCAGAAGACGAGGUAGACGCGAGCUAUUCGCACAGGAUGCGGUUCUAAGACACAAUAUAAAUUCUACAUAGGUGUAAGCGAGAGUAACUAGCUUUAUAUUAUGUACAUUUAGUAAUGUCGAGCCCCUAUUUAUUCAUCUCAAACAGUCAUAAUUAAACAAAGGUAUUUAAGUGCAA